UUUUAGAUUGGAAUUAUUAUUGUAGAUCUAAAAGAACCAUGAAGGUGCCUGAACCUUCUUUGUCACCCUAUAUAUGUACCUCACUCCACACCAACCUCAUCAGAUAUAAUUAAUCGUCCAAAGUUUAAUACCCUUCACUCAAAGCAACCCAAAUCUCUCAACCCAAAUGGCUCUCAGCCUCUUUGGUGGCCGGCGAAGCAACGUCUUCGAUCCGUUUUCUCUUGACAUCUGGGACCCCUUAGAGGGCCUUGGCACUCUGGCCAACAUCCCAUCCUCUGCUCGCGAAACGACUGCCAUCGCCAACACUCGCAUUGACUGGAAAGAGACCCCAGAAGCCCACAUCUUCAUCGCUGACCUCCCGGGGCUGAAGAAGGAGGAAGUGAAAGUUGAGGUUGAUGACGGGAAGGUGCUUCAGAUUAGCGGAGAGAGGAGCAGAGAGGAGGAGGAGAAGAACGACAAGUGGCACAGGAUUGAGAGGAGCACGGGCAAGUUUUCGAGGAGGUUCAGGUUGCCGGACAAUGCGAAAAUUGAUCAGGUAAAGGCUAGCAUGGAGAAUGGGGUUCUCACCGUGACUGUGCCCAAGGAGGAGGAGAAGCGGCCACAGGUCAAGGCCAUUGACAUCUCUGGCUAAACUAAAUCCUCAACCUCAAUCAACUCAACUCCACCUCCCCUUUGAGCUAAAUCGCAAUUAUGUUAAAUAAGCUUGGUUUGUUUUGUUAAUCUCUUGUGUUUUAUUUCCUGUAUUUUAAGUUUGUGUCUGUCUGUGAGAGUUGAGUGACAGUGUGCUAUUUUUCAUGUACGGUUUGUUCUGAAAUAUAAUAAAUUUUUAUAUUUUGUUUGUUAAA